AUGGCUCUUCGCUACCCUGUGGCCGCGGGCCUCAAUAAGGGCCGCAAGGUAACCAGGAACGUGAGCAAGCCCAGGCACGGCCGCUGCUGCAAGCGUCUGACCAAACACACCAAGUUCGUGUGUGACAUGAUCCAGGAGGUGUGUGGCCUCGUCCCAUACGAGCGGUGGGCCAUAGAGUUACUGAAGGUCUCCAAGGACAAAUGCACCCUCAAGUUCAUCAAGAAAAGGGUGGGGACACACAUCUGGGCCAAGAGAAAGCAGGAGGAGCUGGGCAAUGUCCUGGCUACCAUGAGGAAAGCCACUGUUAAGGAAAGACUGAGCCCGCUCCCCUGCCCUCUCCCUGAAAUAAAGAACAGGUUGAUCCUGCCAACUACCCACCCCCCAUCCCCGUAA